CGUGAUAACACUUAUCGUGGACUUGGAACGAUAUUUUUUCAACGAUAAGAAGCAUAAUAUAUUUUUAAAUAAUAAGAACUAUGAACUUCCUGGUUACAUUUUAUGCAUAAAGUUACGUUGUUACGACUUCGAGAUAGUACUAAGGUGUUGUAUUAGUACAAAAUUAAUUUAAGGCAAAUGACCGCUGGUCGUACAAAUCGAAUCAUUAUCAUCUGUUAACACCAGAAAAACUACAAAAUAUUCUAUUUCAUAAUGAUAUCUGCAAGAUUUAAUAAAUUACUCAGAAAUUGUAGUUCGCUGUACAAGAAAAAUCAAAUUCAUCAUUCUACGACAGAGGCUUGAAAUCUAUCCGGAAGGCAAACACAACAUUCAUCUAAGGUACGCCGAACUGUUCAAUUCGGCGGUAGACGAUUUCCUGGCCGAAGACUUGUAGAGGAGAUCGCAAGACUUGUCGAAAUAAUAAUAAUAAACUUAGUUUCAAAAUAAUAAUAGUUCCUAUUAAAAUCAUAGCAGCGGGGGUGCUAGUCAAUAUAGCCGAUGCAAAAGCAGUUCUAAAUCGUAUAAGGAGGCAAAAAAUAAUAAUAUGACCGAACCUGCAGCGGCGUGGGACGUGCGACCGAAAUCUCUGCAGGAAUUGACGUUGCGCGACAAGGCAUGGCGUUACCAGGGCGAGGGCAACGCCAACGUGGUUUUGUCGGUGCCCGCCGACGGGACAGUGGUGCGGGUGAUGAAAGAAGGUGACGGCGGCGGCGCCGAAACCACGGAGGCCGCGGCGGCCGAAACACUAUCCGUGCGGUUGCGCUUUUGCGACGCCGUCAGACGUACAUUCUUCGACGGCGGCGGCCGCCACGUAGACGUGCCCGUGCCGAUGCGCGUGUCCGCCGAAGAGUUGCGCGAAAUCGACCGGGUCAUCCGGCCGCAUAGGCCGCCGGGCCGGCGGCACAAGGGCCUCGGGUUGGCCGGGUGUCUGGUGGCCUUGUGUCCGGAUUACACGGCGCUGCCGCCGACGGACGUGCCGGGCGUCUGGUGCGUCGAGAUCAAACCCAAACAGGGAUGGGUGCACGAGGACGACAUCGCGGCGGGCGGGGUGCGGACAAAGUGCCCGUUCUGCGCGCACCAGUACCUGAAGCUGUUCCGGGGCGACGUCCAUAGGCCGAGCGGUUACUGUCCGCUGGACAUGUUCUCGGGCCGCCGCGAACGGGUUCAGCGGGCCGUCCGCGCACUGCUCCGGGACCCGCAGAACAAUCUGAAAAUGUUCCUGGACGGUGACCCGCUCGCGGCCCCGGACGACGGUUUCGGAGCCGCGGCGGGGGAGGCGCUCGGCUCGGUCCGGCGGUUUUGCGCGUUUGUCGCGAGCGCUCUGCUCGGCGACUUCGAGGGCGGCCGGGACGGUUCGGAGGACGUCAGCGAGGAGGAGGAGGAGCACCGUAGCGCCGCAUCGAAAGCUGUGCCGCCAGCGUCGUGCGACUUCGCGGGCGCGGUCCCGAUGCCCCAGCACUGCGUCCUUCACGAGAUCCUGACGAUGCAGCACAUGCAAACCGCCGGUUUCGCGGCCGUGUGUUCCGAGUACGACGGACGACACCCGCGCCAUCCGCAGUUCGGCCACGUCGACCGCCUCCUGCGGCCGAACGACGACGCCGCGGCCUGGACCCCGGUGGACGGAUAUCUGGUGGCCGCCACGGCGCGGGACUGUUCCGUGUACGUCACGUUCCGCGGGCGUCCCGGCAGUUCGUCGACCGCGAUACGCGUCAAGGUGUCCGACUUGGACCCGAAACCGUUGUCGACCGUUGACAAGCACAGGAAUCGCGACGCAAACGUUUCGUUGGCCUGCCAACGAUAUUCGGUCGGGUAGUGGCAUGUCGUGGGCCCUAGAUUCGGAAGUGGGCGUUGAAAGUGCGACUGAGACGUAUUACUUCCUUUUCAAUUACAACUAAAUUAUAACCUAUACGUUGCAAUUACAAAUAUAUUUUACUCGUCGAUGUAUAAUAAUAUAUAUUGUUUACAUUUUAACGAACAAAUUAAAUAAAUUCCGAUGUAGUCACGAAAUAAUUACGUUUGUAGUUAUUGCAGGGGAUACGCUGUUUUGGUAUUAUAUUUAAUACAUUUUAUAAUGAAAAUAUUUAUUAGUUAUUAUAACUUGUUGCCUCGAUAAAGUUCCAAUUCCUAUCAUGAACUUACUUCGGUUUGAAAGACCGGAAGACGAACCAUGAAGGUUCCGUUUACAUUAUUCCUGUCAAAUAUAUGUUCAAUUUCUUAAAUAGAAAAGGGAAUGGAUAACUCCUACGAAAAUGGGUGGAUCAGGAACUUCUAUAUAUAGAAAUGCAUAUUAUGCGUUGGCAAUGUUUAUGUAUUGUUGUACAAGUUUUUAUUAAAUAAAAAAAAGUUUGGAAAAAAAUAUAUCCAUAGGCGGAACACUUUCUAACACAAACAUAUUUUAAAUGUAUUGAUUAUAAUAUGUAUGUAUUAUUAGAGAUAUUCCUAAAAUAUAAUUCUACAAUUCCAUCCUCAGCACCAGUUGAGAGGUUGUUUAGUAAGGCAAUACAAGUUUUAACACCUAGGUGGAAUAGGUUAUAAAUAAUAAAACUUUUGAAAUGGUUUUAUAUUGUAGAUCAAACAUGGUUUGAAUUAUUAUUAUUAUUUUAAAAGCAUUUAUUAUUAUUUUUUUUUUCAAAUGUUGACUAAUAGCUUCUUUGUAUUAUUAUUAAAGAGGUCAUUCCAUAUGAAAUUUUAAAAAAUAAACUAUUUUUAAUAUGUUUUGAA